AUGGUAAUUGUUGCUCACAAUGGAAAACCUGAUAUUUUCCUUACAAUGACAUGCAAUCCAUCUUGGAGUGAAAUUUCUUCUGAACUACAAAAUCAACAAACUCCACAAGAUCGCCCUGACUUGCUCACAAGAAUCUUUCGAGCAAAAUUUGAGCAAUUGAAGGAAGAUGUUGUUAAUAAAGGAGUCCUCGGAAAAGUUAUUAGUUAUAUGUAUGUUACUGAAUUUCAAAAACGUGGGUUGCCGCAUGUACAUAUGCUAUUGAUCUUAGAUAAUAAUGAUAAGUUACGCGAUCCACAAGAUUAUGAUAGCAUUGUGAGGGCAGAAAUACCAAAUAAGGCAGAAGAACCACAAUUGCAUGAAGUUGUGUUGAAACACAUGAUACAUGGUCCUUGCGGAACUCUCAAUCCUAGAUCACCAUGUAUGAAGCGCAAUCAAUGCCAAAAGAGAUUUCCCAGGGAUUUCUUGGAAGAAACACGAUAA